CUCUGUCCCCCAGAUGUACGGGGACCCCCUAUGCACCGAACCCAAUACGUUCAUUCCCCAUAUGAUCGUCCUGGUUGGAACCCACGGUUCUGCAUCAUCUCGGGGAACCAGCUUCUCAUGCUGGAUGAGGACGAGAUACACCCCCUUCUGAUCCGGGACCGGAGGAGCGAGUCCAGUCGCAACAAACUGCUGAGACGCACGGUCUCCGUGCCGGUGGAGGGGCGGCCCCACGGCGAGCAUGAAUACCACUUGGGUCGCUCGAGGAGGAAGAGCGUCCCAGGGGGGAAGCAGUACAGCAUGGAGGCCGCCCCCGCUGCGCCCUUCCGGCCCUCGCAAGGCUUCCUGAGCCGGAGGUUAAAAAGCUCCAUCAAACGCACGAAGUCACAACCCAAACUUGACCGGACCAGCAGCUUUCGCCAGAUCCUGCCUCGCUUCCGAAGUGCUGACCAUGACAGGGCCCGGCUGAUGCAGAGCUUCAAGGAGUCACACUCGCAUGAGUCCUUGCUGAGCCCUAGCAGUGCGGCCGAGGCCUUGGAGCUCAACUUGGAUGAAGAUUCCAUUAUCAAGCCAGUGCAUAGCUCCAUCCUGGGCCAGGAGUUCUGUUUUGAGGUAACAACGUCUUCAGGAACAAAAUGUUUUGCCUGUCGUUCUGCGGCCGAAAGGGACAAAUGGAUCGAGAAUCUACAACGGGCAGUAAAACCCAACAAGGACAACAGCCGCCGGGUGGACAACGUGUUGAAGCUGUGGAUCAUAGAGGCUCGGGAGCUGCCCCCCAAGAAGCGGUACUACUGUGAGCUCUGCCUGGACGACAUGCUGUAUGCACGCACCACCUCCAAGCCCCGCUCGGCCUCAGGGGACACCGUCUUCUGGGGCGAGCACUUCGAGUUUAACAACCUGCCGGCUGUCCGCGCCCUGCGGCUACAUCUGUACCGUGACUCAGACAAAAAGCGCAAGAAGGACAAGGCGGGCUAUGUCGGCCUGGUGACUGUGCCUGUGGCCACCCUCGCUGGGCGCCACUUCACAGAGCAGUGGUACCCUGUCACCCUGCCGACGGGCAGUGGGGGCUCCGGGGGCAUGGGGGGCUCAGGAGGGGGCGGGGGCUCGGGGAGUGGCUCAGGGGGCAAGGGCAAAGGAGGCUGCCCAGCUGUGCGGCUGAAGGCGCGUUACCAGACAAUGAGUAUCCUGCCCAUGGAGCUGUAUAAGGAGUUUGCAGAGUAUGUCACCAACCAUUAUCGGAUGCUGUGUGCAGUACUGGAGCCCGCCCUGAAUGUCAAGGGCAAGGAGGAGGUCGCCAGUGCACUGGUUCACAUUCUGCAGAGUACGGGCAAGGCCAAGGACUUCCUUUCAGACAUGGCCAUGUCUGAGGUGGACCGGUUCAUGGAACGGGAGCACCUCAUAUUCCGCGAGAACACGCUCGCCACUAAAGCCAUAGAAGAGUACAUGAGACUGAUUGGUCAGAAAUACCUCAAGGAUGCCAUUGGGGAAUUCAUCCGUGCUCUGUAUGAGUCUGAGGAGAACUGCGAGGUGGACCCCAUCAAGUGCACGGCGUCCAGCCUGGCAGAGCACCAGGCCAACCUGCGGAUGUGCUGUGAGUUGGCCCUGUGCAAGGUGGUCAACUCCCACUGCGUGUUCCCGAGGGAGCUGAAGGAGGUGUUUGCAUCUUGGCGACUGCGCUGCGCAGAGCGGGGCCGGGAGGACAUCGCUGACAGGCUGAUCAGCGCCUCGCUCUUCUUGCGCUUCCUCUGCCCAGCCAUUAUGUCGCCCAGUCUCUUUGGGCUCAUGCAGGAGUACCCAGAUGAGCAGACCUCACGAACCCUAACCCUCAUCGCCAAGGUCAUCCAAAACCUGGCCAACUUUUCCAAGUUUACCUCAAAGGAGGACUUUCUGGGAUUCAUGAAUGAGUUUCUGGAGCUGGAGUGGGGUUCCAUGCAGCAGUUCCUGUAUGAGAUCUCCAACCUGGACACGCUGACCAACAGUAGUAGCUUUGAGGGUUACAUCGACUUGGGCCGAGAGCUCUCCACACUCCAUGCCCUGCUCUGGGAGGUGCUGCCCCAGCUCAGUAAGGAAGCCCUCCUGAAGCUGGGCCCACUGCCCCGGCUCCUCAAUGACAUCAGCACAGCUCUGAGGAACCCCAACAUCCAAAGGCAGCCAAGCCGUCAGAGUGAGCGGCCCCGGCCUCAGCCUGUGGUGCUGCGGGGCCCAUCGGCCGAGAUGCAGGGCUACAUGAUGCGGGACCUCAACAGCUCCAUCGACCUACAGUCCUUCAUGGCUCGAGGCCUCAACAGCUCUAUGGACAUGGCUCGCCUCCCCUCCCCAACCAAGGAAAAGCCACCCCCGCCACCCCCUGGUGGGGGUAAAGACCUGUUCUAUGUAAGCCGUCCACCCCUGGCCCGUUCCUCGCCAGCAUACUGCACAAGCAGCUCGGACAUCACAGAGCCAGAGCAGAAGAUGCUGAGUGUCAACAAGAGCGUCUCCAUGCUGGAUUUGCAGGGCGACGGGCCCGGCGGCCGCCUCAACAGUAGCAGUGUGUCCAACCUGGCGGCCGUUGGGGACCUGCUGCACUCAAGCCAGGCUUCCCUGACCGCAGCCUUGGGGCUGCGGCCUGCGCCCGCUGGACGCCUCUCCCAGGGGAGUGGCUCGUCCAUUACAGCGGCUGGCAUGCGCCUCAGCCAGAUGGGUGUCACCACGGAUGGUGUCCCUGCCCAGCAACUGCGCAUCCCCCUCUCCUUCCAGAACCCUCUCUUCCACAUGGCUGCUGAUGGGCCAGGCCCCCCAGGGGGCCACGGAGGGGGUGGUGGUCACGGCCCACCUUCCUCCCAUCACCACCAUCACCACCAUCACCACCACCGAGGUGGAGAGCCUCCCGGGGACACCUUUGCCCCAUUCCAUGGCUAUAGCAAGAGCGAGGACCUCUCCUCAGGGGUCCCCAAGCCCCCUGCCGCUUCCAUCCUUCACAGCCACAGCUACAGUGAUGAGUUUGGACCCUCUGGCACUGACUUCACCCGUCGGCAGCUCUCACUCCAGGACAACCUGCAGCACAUGCUGUCCCCUCCCCAGAUCACCAUUGGUCCCCAGAGGCCUGCCCCCUCAGGGCCUGGAGGUGGGAGCGGCGGUGGGGGCAGUGGUGGGGGUGGCGGGGGCCAACCGCCUCCAUUGCAGAGGGGCAAGUCUCAGCAGUUGACGGUCAGCGCUGCCCAGAAACCCCGGCCAUCCAGUGGGAAUCUGUUGCAGUCACCGGAGCCAAGCUAUGGCCCUGCCCGUCCGCGGCAACAGAGCCUCAGCAAAGAGGGCAGCAUUGGGGGCAGCGGGGGCAGCGGUGGCGGAGGGGGUGGGGGGCUCAAGCCCUCCAUCACCAAGCAGCAUUCUCAGGCGCCAUCCACGCUGAACCCCACCAUGCCAGCCUCCGAGCGGACGGUGGCCUGGGUCUCCAACAUGCCUCACCUGUCAGCUGACAUCGAGAGUGCCCACAUCGAGCGAGAAGAGUACAAGCUCAAGGAGUACUCUAAGUCGAUGGAUGAGAGCCGACUGGACAGGGUGAAGGAGUAUGAGGAGGAGAUCCACUCACUGAAGGAGCGGCUGCACAUGUCCAACCGGAAGCUAGAAGAGUAUGAGCGGAGGCUGCUGUCCCAGGAAGAGCAGACCAGCAAAAUCUUGAUGCAGUAUCAGGCCCGACUGGAGCAGAGUGAGAAGAGGCUAAGGCAGCAACAGGUGGAGAAGGAUUCGCAGAUCAAAAGCAUCAUUGGCAGGCUGAUGCUGGUGGAGGAGGAGCUGCGCCGGGACCACCCCGCCAUGCCUGAGCCGCUGCCCGAACCCAAGAAGAGGCUGCUCGACGCUCAGGAGAGGCAGCUUCCCCCCUUGGGUCCAACAAACCCGCGUGUGACGCUGGCCCCACCUUGGAACGGCCUGGCCCCCCCAGCACCGCCCCCCCCACCCCGGCUGCAGAUCACCGAGAACGGCGAGUUCCGAAACACCGCAGACCACUAGCCCACCCAGCCUCACAGACCUUCUCCCUCCCCAUGCACCCCACCCUGGAAUAGCACCCACCACCAGGACUGGAUGUCGCCGAGGGACAGCGGGAUUGCCUCCCUGAAUGCCUCCUUGGGGGGCACCAAUCCCCCACCCCCACUGCACCAUUUCCAGGGGGGAAGAGUGCGGACCCUUAGCUGUCCCCUUUUCCUUCCUGUUGGGGUGCUGCCCCCUGUGGCCCCCAGGGACCCUUGCCCCAGGACACCACCUACCCCACACAGACCCCUUCACUCUGGGGUGCUAUCCCCAUCCUCUGCCUCAUCGUUCCCCUGAGCACUGGGGGACAGACCCUCACCCCCACCCUGGGGGUGUGGCACCUCCAAACUUUCAACUUCAGGGUGAUUUUUUAGCAGUAACCAGAGCUGACAAUCUAACUCCCCUCCACCGCCCCAUUUGACCUCCCCUGUCCCCCUUGUUAUGGGGAGGGGACCCCAGGUGAGGGGGCCCUGUUACCCCUUGAUUUCUCAGGAGCGUCUGGGGGGGCUCAGCACGCACAAACUCCUUCUCCUACUACUCUUAAAUUUACUCCCUCCCCACCCAGAACCCAGAUGGGGUGGAGGGGCCACCGGGGCAGGGAGGGGGCGGCAAGGGGGGAACGGGAGUCGUCUCCCCUUCCUCCCACACCUGAUCUGCUCUUGGCUGGUCCCAGAGCGGGGUGAGGGGGCUUAUGCCCCCCCCUCCCCCAGUGUGUUGGGUGGGGUGGAAUUGAGGUUAGGGUGAGGGGUUAGGGUCUAGGAGGGUGUGUGUGUUAGGGAGGACAGACCAGUUGAUCUGCCCUACCCUGACACACACAGUCCCCUUCGCCCCUCCCCUCUCUCUUCUUGGUCUCUACUCCCAGGGGGAGGGGGGAACUUACUCUAGGAAAAGCCAUGUCUCUCUCCCCCAGGGUGGGGGGACCUGUGUUGGAGGAGGGGUGUUGGGGGCCCCCUUCCAUGACUCUGUCCCCCCGGGGGAGGUAGGACAGGGCUGGGCUUCCCUCUCAUCCUCCCCCCUCCCCAAUCUCCCUCCACCUCCCUCCCUCCCGCCAGCUCCACAAUUUUUCGGUGUUUCUCUGUACAUAGCUCUCUGGCGGGAUAGGGGAGGUAGGAUGGAUGGGGUUUAGGGUGGGUAGGUCAUGGGAGGGGAGAAGCCCCUCCUUGGCACCCCCUUUUCCCUGACUGCUGUCCCCUACCCAGCCUUGCCCCCUCAUCCCUUCUUGCGUUUGGUAUUGAGACUCUUUCCAGACUUCACCCUUCUUUCUUUUGUAUGGACAGUUCCUCUUCAGUCCCAUCCCCCUACACACAUACACCCAGCCGGGGCCAAAUUUAUACUUAUAUAAAAGUUGUAAAUAUGUGAAAUUUUAUCCCUGUGCCCUUUCCUUGCUUUCCCAACCUCAGACCCUACCCCUGGACCCCCUUUCCUCCUCUCUUUGGCUGUUGUAAUUAUCUGGGGUUUGUACUGUACAUAUCGGGGGUGUGUGUGUGUGGGCUGGGGGCAACCCCUCUGUACAGAGCUUCCUGGCCCCCUCCCCCCCCACGCUUCCCUCCCCCUCCACCACCCUAAGGGUAGGGAGAUGCUCUUCCUACCUGUUUUAUUUUGUUUUCUCGUUAUCCCUCCCUACCCUAUCCCACCCCACUCCCGGCCUUCUCUGUCCUCCACCACUAUCCCUUUUUCUCCACUCCCAGCCCCAUUUCCUUUUUUUCUGGAGUGUGUGGUGAAACAGAAAAAUCAUGUUUAAUAAACGGAGAUUGUUCUUUUA